AUGCAUAAGGACACAGUUGUUGUUGAGCGCUUAGAAGGUACUCCAUUUGGCUGCACUGUUAAACUCCCCAAGUACUGCCACAAUGAUCCUGCCAACUUGAAUGAUGAUGAUUUUCGCGUAUUGAAUGAAGCAGUUCAAACCCAUUUGGUGGUGGUUGUUCCCGAUCAGGCUGAUCUUGCUCCUAAAUCGCAAUAUUUAUUAACAAAGAGAUUUGACCCCUCUAUUCCAGAACCAAAAGAGGACAAUGGAGCUGGAUAUGGACACGGCAAAGAGUUUAGACAUGAUAAGUCAGUGUUGAAGAAGGAUGGAUGCUCGGUAAAGUCUCAACCUCAAGUUCAAAUUCUCGGACAAGGUACGUUCGAAGCAGAUGAACCAGGUAAUGAAAAUGGGGAGGCUAUCAAUUUGACCCACCCAUCACACACCACGUUUCAUCACACCCCUUUGACUGAGAAACAAAUUAAGGAGGAGAAAAGAACCAGAUUUUACAGGUGGCAUAUUGAUAGUGCCUUAUAUGGUUUGUCACCACCCAUGGUAACAACUUUGCUUGGUAUCAAGGUACCUCCAGCUACUCAAUACCAAACUAUCAAAUACGAAGAUGAUGGUAGUGAAUUAAAGUUGACUCAGGGUGCCACUUGUUUCAUCAGUGGUGCACAAGCAUUCGAAGGAUUGAGUGAAGAGGAUAAGCAGUUUGCUUUAAACACUACAGUCGAGUAUGCGCCACACCCAUAUAUCUUUAUCUCACCUGCAAGAGCCACAUCCGAUGGGUUAACAAUGGUUUCUGAGGGUAAGGAAAUGGACUUUAAGGACUUACCAGAGUGGGAAAGUCUGAAAGUUAAGAAGUUGCCAAUGGUUUGGACAAACCCGACAACCAAGGAGCAUCACUUGCAAGUACAUGGUUGUUGUUUGUACAAAUUGCAUACAAAUGUAAAUGGUGAGGUUAAGACCUUGAAUUUGAAAGAGUCUAGGGAAAAGGUACACCAAAUGAUGAGACCAGCUAUAGCUCCAAAAAGAGUUUUGGCUCAUUCUUGGAAGCAAGGCGAUUUAGUGUUGUUUUUCAAUCGUGGUGUAUGGCAUUCUGUCACUGGUGAGUUUAAAGGUUUGGGAAGUGACGGAAUGGAUGAAAGAAGGUUGAUGCACCAAUGUAAUAUUGCUAGUGGAUUAGAUCCAGUAACUAUAAGUGUAUAA